UCAUAGAUGUCUUGUAAAUAAGACAUAAGAUUCAUAAUUACAAAACUACUCGUACUAGCUAGCCAGUGACGUUGACUUACGAACUUGAUCAGAAUCUAGAGAAAACAUGGCAUGCAUUUUCAAGUGAUCACUUACCAAGCAGUUUUCGUCAAUUUACAGAGAUGACUGUGCAGAUGUCGACCAAGGAAACAACCACCCCAGCUGAAAGUACUCUACCUUCAGCUCCAUCGGCAUCAACUUCACACAUACUCCAGUCAAAUAUUAAUAAAGUCUUAAACAGCCCCAAAGUUCCGGCAGAUAAUUCUACUCAACAGCCGCAAUCGCAGCAGAAGCAGGAUAACAAGAAUGUGGUUCUACAGAAUCUACCUUGUCGAGCUUUACUUAAAGGACCUAGAAAAGAUUACCUCAAGAUCGGUGUCCCUUUAUAUGAAGCAUCUAUUAAGUGUGAUUGGAAAGCUGCUAAAGCUAUUCUUGACAAGAAUGAAGAAGAGUUAGUAAGGUAUAGCAUCACUGAAAACGGAGAAACUGCACUUCAUGUUGCUGCAUCAGCAAAAGUUCCCCAAAAAAAGGGGGAAGUGUUUGUCAAAAAUCUGGUGGGUAUGAUGAAAAAAGAAGACUUGGCUCUUGAAAAUGAAAGUUUCAACACUGCCCUCUAUUUGGCAGCUGCUGCUGGAAACCUUGAAACGGUUAAAAUUAUGGUAGAAAAGAACAGGGACUUGGUGAAAAUCCCCGGUGCUGGAAGACAAAUGUUGCCACUAUAUGCGGCUGCCUUGUUUGGAUAUUAUAAGGUAGUGGAGUAUCUUUAUGGAAAGUCCAGUGACUUGUGUGAUGCUGAUGGUUGGAAUGAUACAAAUCGUGGCUGGCUUCUUGAGAAAUGCGUAGAGAAUGACAUGUUCGAUGUUGCAUUACAGAUAGUGAAAAAGUAUCCAAAUGUUGGUAGGGGAGCUGUGCUUCGAAUUUUGGCUGGAAAGCCCGAAGCAUUUUCUGGAAAAAAAUCUAAUAUCUUUCAGAGAACCAUAAAGCCAGUUUUGGCAUUCAUCCGUUCAAAGGUGGGAAAUUGUGAAAAGGAAAAUAAAGCAUUACCAUUAUUAAAAGCCGUCUGGAAUGACAUUGCAGAACUGCCCAAGAAUGACAUAGAUAGAAUACUCAGAGGACCACCAGAUCCCAUUAAGCAAGACAAGUUGGCUUCUGGAAAGGCUGUUGAAGCUAUACAACUACAAAACCUCAUUAUUGAACAUCUUGAGAAAAUGCUUGCUAUAUCCAAAAACACACUUGUAAUGCAAGAAACCAAGCCAGUUUCUGGAAAGGAAAUUGCUCAAGCUCUGCAACUACAAAAACUCAUUUCUGCACAACUCGCGAGCAUGCAUGUUGAGACCCAAAACAUAAUCAAAGGGACCCCAGAUUCGUUAGCUCUGGAGCUGGAAAAGCUCAUUUUUGAACAUAUUGUGAAACUAAAUGAGAACACCCAGAAGAUUAUUAAGAUGGUUAUAAUUACGAAAGAAAAUCAAGCUCAAAGUCUACAAAAGGCAGCUCAAAGUCUACACAAGGCUAUAAUUGAACAUAUUUACAGCAUGGAUAAAGAAAGACAGAGAAUAAUCAAAAAGCCUGCAAAGGAUGCAUACUCUAACCGGGUAUUGUUUAUUGCUGCAGAAAUGGGCAAUACCAACUUUUUAAUUGAGCUUAUCCGUCUAUAUCCCGAUCUGAUAUGGAAGGUAAAUGAUGACAACCUAACUAUAUUUCACAUUGCUGUCAAAAAUCGUCAUGAGGGUAUCUACAACCUAUUGUACGAGAUAGGCUCAAUGAAAGAUAUGAUAACUCCUCUCAAAGACCCAAAUGAUAACAAUAUGCUGCACUUAGUCGGGACUAGUGCGGAGGAUCUAGAUGAUGCAUCAGGAGUUGCAUUACGGAUGCAAAGAGAGUUAUUAUGGUUCCAGGAAGUGAAGCAAAUGAUCCCUCCUUCUUAUAGAGAAAGGAAAAAUAAAGAUGGCCUAACGCCACAUGAGUUAUUUACAGUUAAACACAAAGAUCUAGUUACAGAAAGUGGGCAGUGGAUGAAAGAAACGGCUAAUCAAUGUAUGGUUGUCGCAGCACUUAUUGCAACCAUAGUGUUUGCUGCAGCCUUUACAAUUCCGGGUGGAUAUGACCAGAACACUGGUCUGCCUAUGUUUCAGUCAAAAGCAACCCUUAUAGUUUUCGUUGUCGCAGAUGCCAUUUCUCUAUUCUCCUCUUCAGCUUCAAUUCUCAUAUUCUUAGCUAUCCUCACGUCUCGUUAUGCUGAACGUGACUUCCAGGAAUCAUUACCCAAAAAGCUAAUGUUUGGUAUUGCUACUCUUUUCCUGUCUAUAACAACCAUGACAGUCGUUUUUGGGGUUAGUUUCUUCGUACUUUACCAUAGGGGGUUGUUAUGGAUUCCAAUCCUAAUCGGUGUACUUGCUGUGAUGCCAGUCCUCCUAUAUGUUAGGCUGCAAUAUUCUUUGUUCAUCGAUGUAAUUCGGGCUACUUAUGGUUCUAAGUACCUCUUUAAUCCCACAAAACAUGUUAUGUACUAUGAAAACCCCAAAGUGUAACCAUCGUCUAUCUGAUUGCAGACAGACUUCUGUUUGAUAUGUCAUAUGUAACAUUUUUCCACAUCACAUGUAAACAAUUAUGUAUUCAAAAGAUGAUUAUGUUUUGCUAA